CAGUUUACACAGCGCUUUACAUGCCGUAUUUUUCCCUCCAUAAGACGCACCUAGAUUUUAGAGGAGGAAAACAAGAAAAAGAAUAUUCUGAACCAAUGGACUGCAGACACAGUACAGGAGAUGACCAGAGACUGCGGACACAGUACAGGAGAUGACCAGAGACUGCGGACAUAGUACAGGAGAUGACCAGAGACUGCGGACAUAGUACAGGAGAUGACCAGAGACUGCGGACACAGUACAGGAGAUGACCAGAGACUGCGGACACAGUACAG